UCUUGAUACUGGAAGAAAACUCUUUGGACGAGUGUUCUGCUGUGGAUUCACGCGUCUACCUUUGGUCUAUCUGACGUGGUUGGUCUGCCUCUCUGGCAGGUAUGGUUCCCGUUUCUUCUUAACACGCGUUGCCUACCAUUGUCCGAACGUCUGGUUCCCCCAGCUCCUUGACCUGACUAUUAUUUGUUUUGGCUGCGCUCCACGCAGACUUAGGAACUCGUGUGUUACUUUGCGACAGGCUCGUUGACGGUGUUUUUAAUACUGGAUCCUCCGUGUCCAACUUCACUCGUUUUAUCAUCUUCCCGAUGCCCGUUCCAUGCGCCACCCGAUGAUUGACCACUGUAGCGGGGAGCGAGAACAACCUCAACUAUUGCACCGCCAUUCUCGUUACAACCGAAUUCACCGGACAUAAAUCAUUAUCAGAUAGGCGGUUGCUGUUCAACCUGGCGACUGCUGUGACAUACACCAUGCCGGCAACCGUGCCACCGGCCCCCAGCGAUUCUGAGCUGAAAACCGCAUCGGAGAACAUUGUGGAUAGUGAUCAGGAUGCAGAGGGGGAAGAGACUGAUCUGUAUCACAUGGACCAGCAACUUCAGGACGCCGUCCACCGCGCCUACUCGGGUGAAGUUGCCGCUGAGACCGCGGGAGCCGAUUUCGACGAAGACAUGGACGCAGAAGGAGAGCUGGAUCCUGACGUAAACCCUAACGGUGAAAUUGAUGAAGCCGAACCCGUUGGCGCUGUUAAGAUCCCAAAGACAGCUCCUUCAGCGAAUAACGAAAAUGCGGAUGCAAACGAGGACCUCGCCUUUGAGGAACAGAGUGACAGUGAGCAGGAAGGGUCUAGCGCUUCAUCCAGCACUCAGGAGUCGGAUGAGGAGUGGGAAGCAGAGAGUAACGGUCGUGAGGAUAGGGAGGUCGAUAAUAUCGUUCGCGGAAAUUGCAUAUUCUGCAAUCAAGAUGAAGAUCAUGAUCCGAGUGAGGAGUUUGAGGAAUAUCUGAGCUGUGCCGUUUGUGGCGAUCACUCUCAUGGACAAUGCGCCCGCGAACAGAAUGCGCUAAAUAAUGUAGAUGAUACUGGUCCUUGGAGAUGUCCGACAUGUCGGCGCGAGAAAUUAGAGCCCAGUUCCAAGGAAGACGCUCCACCGCGGCGGAAAAGUGGUCCGAAGAAUAUGCGUAAAGAGCUUUUGCCAGCUCACAGCGGUGGGGAAGGCUCAAACUUCCAUUCUAUUUUCAACACUGUGACCAACGACGAUGACUUGCUAAAUAGCUCCCGAUCACUCCGGAAGAGGAAAACUCUAUCAGCCGACCUGGAAGAGAACACCCCUUUCCUUCGGAAGCGCUCGAGGCAGAGUCCACCGCGUUUCGAACGGUCUGAUUCCCGCGACCAACUACAGGAGGGUGCAGAUGGGCUGUCCCCCGUUCGGACUCGUUCGCGACGCGUCCGUAAGAAUGAGCUUGAAAGCUGUCGCGUAGUGUCGAGGCAGUUUGGGAAACUCAUCGUCGCGUUCCGAUUGAAUGAGACAAAACUGUCUAGACUCCUUAACUCGCGCAGUCGGUCCCUGGGUAGAAAUAAAAAGAUUUCUAAACCACCGACGGCCGCGCACGAAGCCCAAACCCAUUUUGCACCCAUCACACCGGCUUCUUACAUCUCCCCUCUCCAUUCCUUGAGCGAUCGCGAACUGGACGAGUCAAAGUCCAAGCCGUAUGGUGGAAUUCUGUCCGAAGUGGAUGCAGAUACAUCUAAAACCCUGCCGAUGCAGCUUGAUCGCGAACGAUUUGAAAGUGCUCGGCAAAGGGCUGAAGAAGCCUGGCAGCGACGCCUCUUGGAGGCCGAGCCCAGUGGGGACGCGGUGCCACAUGCGUCGCAGAAAGUCUCGGGUCCACCAUCCCGGAUCAAGUAUAUCAACUUUGGCGGUUAUGAAAUCGAAACAUGGUACGCAGCUCCUUAUCCAGAAGAGUAUAGUCGGAACCGCGUGCUCUACAUUUGCGAAUUUUGCCUGAAAUACAUGAACUCGGAUUAUGUCGCGUGGCGUCAUAAAUUGAAAUGUCCCGCAAAGCACCCACCUGGCGACGAGAUCUAUCGCGAAGGCUCCAUUUCGAUUUUCGAGGUCGAUGGACGGAAAAAUCCGGUCUAUUGCCAGAACCUAUGUUUGCUUGCCAAGUUGUUCUUGGGCUCCAAGACGCUCUACUAUGAUGUUGAGCCGUUUUUAUUCUAUGUCAUGACCGAGUUUGACGACCUAGGAUGCCACUUUGUCGGCUACUUUAGCAAAGAAAAGCGCCCCAGUUCUGCAAACAAUGUUUCAUGCAUCCUGACUCUCCCCAUUCACCAACGCAAGGGUUAUGGCAACCUUCUCAUCGACUUUUCUUACCUACUCACCCGCAUUGAAGGCAAAACAGGCUCUCCAGAGAAACCACUUUCCGAUAUGGGUCUGGUUUCUUAUCGCAAUUACUGGCGCCUCAUCUUGUCAUACCGUCUUCGAAAUCAAAAGACCCCAGUUAGCAUCGCAGAGCUCUCGGAGCGAACAGGCAUGACAGCAGAUGACAUUGUGUCAGGGUUGGAGGCCCUGCGUGCCUUGGUCAGGGACCCGGUGACAAGGAUCUAUGCCCUGCGUCUUGACUAUAAUUACUUCGAAGAGUGCAUUCAGAGCUGGGAAAGUAAAGGAUAUGUCACUCUAAAUCCGGACGCGCUUGUUUGGACCCCGUACACCAUGGGCCGGAAUAACCAAUCGCAAUUUGACCGGGCUCCGCUACACGCUGUUGCUCCGCGCGAGGGCCUCGAGGAUGAAGAAGCAGACGAAGAGGCGGAACUGGCGACUGAGGGUGCUUCCUUAGAUGUCUUCAAGGGAAAUGGCACUCCACUCACCAACGGCACAGGCCAUGCCGCUAGAGGACUCCAACCUGAACCUGCAGGACCUCCCUCUACGGCUCUCCUGUCUAACGCUAACGGCCUCCGUCACCACGACACAACACCUGCUGAAUUGACCUCGGCGGAACCGGAUCCAGCCAAAGGGGUCCCUGCCUGGCGAUUCGAGGUAUAUCCUCCCGUUCAAGCACCAGUUUUCAAGAGGCGUCCCGGACGUCCCUUCGGAAGCAAGUCAUCAUAUAAUAAAGUCUCUGUCACUCCUACAACUGCUCGGACGAGUGGCCGCAGCACGCCCAGAAGACCGUCUUCCCUGACCGCUGUGACACCGAUGCCGAACGGAUCUAGCGUGAGGAGGGGUCGAAGUGCCAAAGUAAUCGACUCUCCUUCGGUUGAGUCGACGAGCGUGACAACCAAUGGACUUGAGCUUGACCAGCGUGAUAAUCUGGAAGAAACUGGCGCUAACGGCGCAAAGGAGAACGAAGCGCAACCUGAUGCGCCGUCAGAGCUAGAGUUAUUACCGGUUACCGAUCCCGUUGUUGACCCUGCGGCACCCAUAAUUAACGGGACUCAUGAUCCGCAAACUCUAGUGGCAGCGGAAGGCGCCGUGACCCCGUCUCCCAAAGGGAAGGACGUUGACGGCCGAACCAAGCUUACACGUUCCGUAGGACGGAAGUCCGUGGUGGAGAAGAUCGAAAUGCUUAUACCUGCCGAAGAUGAGGGCGUGGCGAUGAACGAGAGCGGCGUGGAUGAGAACCAUGUGGACAUGCACGGAAGCGACAUCGACGCAGAGGGCGAUAUCGACAUGGAGGUAUAAAAAAAAAAAAAAAGAAAAACAAAGAUCUGUGGACGGGAUAUGAUGACGAAAAUCAUGAUAAAGCGCCGAU